AUGAACUUGUUCCAUUACGUAGUUGGACUUAUUCACUACACAAUUUUACCACUCACUAUAGUCUGUGAAUCAAGAGGCAUCGCUAACACCGCAUACGGUCCUAUAUUUUCGACGUCUGAAAUCUCUUCGUGCCAAUGGUUUGGUGUGGCGCUUUUCCUUUUCUGUAAUCGAGAGCAGCACUUAAUCUCUAGAAAUAUUGCUGCACUAAGGAAAGCACCAGAUGGACUAAUUUUCAACUACGCGCAUGGAAUUUGCUAUGGAGGCUGGUUUGACUAUGUAUCAUGCCCUCAUUUCUUCUUUGAAAUUGGUAUAUAUCUUUCACUUUGGAUGGUACUCCCGAGCGCUUAUGCUUACAAGUUUCUUAUGAUAUUCGUCUUAGUCAAUCAAUUAUUCGCUGGCCAAAUUACUCAUCGAUGGUAUCGAAGGACUUUCAAGGCGUAUCCACUCGAUCGAAAGGCGGUAAUCCCGUAUAUUUUAUAG